UCUCUAAAGAUGAACUCAAACCUGUCUGCUGCUCUGUGUUACGAGUCUCUAAACAACUCGUGUCCUCGGAUCGUGUACCUGCUCUCCUUACGCAUUUCUUUUUACUUCCUCUUCACCACCAUCAUCAUCCUCACUGUGAGCGGAAACCUGUUAGUCAUCUUUGUCAUCUUGCUUUCCCAGAAUCCUCUUCCGGCACCUACCAAUCACAUGAUUCUGUCGCUGUCCGUCGCUGGGGUUCUGAUCGGAGGAUUGGUGUUGCCGAACAGCAUGGUGCGCUCUAUCGAAACCUGCUGGUACUUUGGCCAGAUAUUAUGUGAAAUUCACACUACAGUUGAUAUUGUCUUAUGCAACACCACCGUGUGGCAUCUUACCUUCAUCUCUGUUGAUCGUUACUUGGCCAUUUUUCAUCCUCUGCACUAUCGAAACCUGAUGACCAACAAAACUGGCAUGGCCAUGAUCAGUUCCAGCUGGAGUCUGGCAUUAGUGUUUGGAUUUGUCAUCGUCAUCUCAAACCCACAAGUCAAGAUCAGGGGUGAUUUAUACAAAUUUUGUGAGGGAGGAUGUUUUUCUUUGCAUGCCAGAGAAAUUGGGGUGGAAUAUUCAAUCAUAUUUUACUUUAUCCCUGUAUGCACUAUAAUCACUGUCUACAGCAGGAUAUUUUUUGUAGCACAAAGGCACGCUAAAGUGAUUCAUAGCUACAAUAAAGGUCCAAAACCUUCUGCACCGUUGACAGUUAAAAAUCUCAAAGCUACCAAGACCCUCGCUGUAGUUGUUGGGACCUUCCUUUUUUGCUGGACACCAUUUUUUAUGUGCAAUCUUAUCGACCCACUAAUAGGCCAUUCGAUUAACACGCUUUUGUAUGAAUCUUUUAUGUGGGUCGCAUACUUAAAUGCGAUGUUUAAUCCUUUAAUAUAUGUGUUAUUUUAUAGCUGGUUCAGAAAAACGGCAAGAGUCCUGCUGAGCAAACUGUUCCUGCAGAUUUAA